GUCCUUUGAAAAAGGGCUCUUCUGUGUCUUCUACUUACACAACAUGAACAGUAUUUGGGAAUCACUGGUUCCUAACAUCACGAUGUUGACUUCCGGAAGAAAAGGACAAUAUAUAAGAAGUGCAGCAGCCAGCUGUGUGACGCAUGCUGACAUUUAACCGAUGGCUGAACUCAGAUAUUGAAAGAGAGCAUUUUUUUUCUUCGAAGUCUCCAUUACUGACACUGCCUGAAGGCAAUUUCCUUGUGUUCAUUACUGUACGUGUCCAGCUCACUGCUGUGUUAUUACUGUUAGUUCUUAUGUCCGUUCAGUGAUUUGGAAAAACAGUGUCUGAGCAGAAAGGCUCCCGUUUUCUUUUAGAUGCAUAAAUGUCGCGGAAGCUGUUGUAAAUAAUGAAAGCUGCGCAAAAGAUGGUAUCACGUGUUUGAAUCACCUAUGUGGAAAAUGAACGUCAUGCCUGUCGGGGGCAGAAAUGACAUAAGCCAUGAGAAAUACUAUGUCACACUAUGCUCUUUAGGGUAAUUACCAAGCUAAACAUACUCGUAAGUGUCCUGACAGCCCACCUAGAGUGUAUAAUGGGAACACUGUGCUCCUAAAAUAUCCCGAAAGGUGGUUGGUUUUUUAUUUUUUCACCACAAGGAGCAAAAAGUGAUCAUGGUCUCAGUAACCCGUGGGCCUUCUAAGGUGAUGUGUUGCUUAGUUCUCACCUACCCGCAGUGGGAGAAGAAUGGAGCUGCUGCUGGUCAUGUUGAUCAUCAGUUAUGUUCCCAGCAAAUCAGGUUCCUGCGGGUCAUUUUAUUGCGUUCUCGUUUCUUUCCGUCUUCCCGUAUUCCAGUGAGGAUUUCUUGCGCGGUCGCGUAGAGAUGCCACCCCCAGCCAGAGGCCCGCCGGCGGUGGAGCCCCCCGAUGGAGGCUGGGGCUGGGCCGUGGUCCUGGGGGCCUUCAUCUCCAUUGGGUUUUCCUACGCCUUCCCCAAAGCCAUCACCGUCUUCUUCAAGGAGAUCCAGAAGAUCUUUGAUGCCUCGUACAGCCAGAUCGCGUGGAUCUCGUCCAUCAUGCUAGCAGUCAUGUACGCUGGAGGUCCCAUCAGCAGCAUACUGGUGAACACGUAUGGCUGCAGGCCCAUCAUGAUGGCGGGCGGCUUACUGUGUGCCGUGGGCAUGGUCUCCGCCUCCUUCUGCAACAACGUGCUGCAGCUCUACAUCUGCAUAGGAGUUAUUGGAGGUCUGGGACUCGCCUUUAACCUGCAGCCGGCCCUGACCAUGAUCGGAAAGUACUUCUUCCGGAAGCGUCCGCUGGCCAACGGGCUGGCCAUGGCCGGGAGCCCCGUCUUCCUGAGCACGCUGGCUCCGCUCAACCAGUACUUGUUCAACUCCUUCGGCUGGAGGGGCAGCUUCCUCAUCCUGGGAGCUCUGCUGCUCAACUGCUGCGUGGCUGGAUCCCUCAUGAGGCCCCUGGGGCCGCCUCCGGGCAGGACGGGCGGCGGGGUCGCCCCGGGCCACAAAGCCGGUAAAACCGGCGCCUGGCAGAUGGUGAAUAAGUACCUGGACCUGUCGCUUUUCAAGCACCGUGGGUUCCUCAUCUACCUGUCGGGCAACGUCAUCAUGUUCCUGGGUUUCUUUGCGCCCAUCGUGUUCCUGGCUGCGUAUGCCAAGGACAUGGGCGUCGACGAGUACUCAGCCGCCUUCCUGCUCUCCAUCCUCGCCUUCGUCGACAUGGUUGCCAGGCCCUCCAUGGGGCUGCUGGCCAACUCGCGGUGGAUCCGCCCCAAGAUCCAGUACUUCUUCAGCUUCGCCGUGCUCUACAACGGCGUGUGCCACAUCCUGUGUCCGCUGGCGGAGGGAUACACGGGCCUCGUCGUCUACUCCGUGUUCUUCGGCUUCGCCUUCGGCAUGGUCAGCUCGGUGCUCUUCGAGACGCUCAUGGACCUCGUCGGCGCCCAGCGGUUCUCCAGUGCCGUAGGCCUCGUCACUAUCGUGGAGUGCUGCCCCGUCCUCAUCGGUCCACCGCUAGCAGGCAAGCUGGUCGACGUCACUAAGAACUACAAGUACAUGUACUUCUGCUGCGGCGCCGUCGUGAUCCUUUCCAGCAUCUGGCUCUUCAUAGGCAACGCCAUCAACUACCGGCUGCUGGAGCGCGAGCGAAGUGAGAAGGAAACGCACGAGGGUGCCAUGGCGGCCGAGCGCAACCAGGCCGAGCCAGAGCCCGAGGCCCCGGACCCCGAGGACGUGCAGGACGAGAAGGAGGAGCCGCUCACUCAGCGGGAAACAAACAUCUGAGAGUCGCUCGAGGUGAAACGGCAGUGAGAAAGCGAAGACGACGAGCUCCGCCCUUUUUUAAGCUCCGCCCACAAACGGUACCGUUGCAAACCUUGCAGUGCUGCCAAAGUACGAGCUGCGUGCGCGGCAUCGGAACACAAACCCGAUAAAGAGGGUCUGGGGUCAGGAAGGAUCAGGUUCAAUGCGAGAAACAACACCCAACAGGAGCUUUCUAGGCCUUCAAAAAUUCAAACAGGGUCAUAUUUUAAUCUCAUCAGGAGCGUCAGUUUGCAUAUGACAUCAUCGUAUUUAACCACGCGUCAAACACUAUACAGUGUUUCUUUCUGUACACGUUCCAUAGCAUUGAUUUCUUCUGUUACUCAGUUUCAUGGUAAAAAGGGUAAGAACACUGCUGCUGCAGGGCUCAUCACAGAAAGGGUUUAUAAGUCAUCAGUCAUAAUGUCAUCUGUUGCCAUCUGAUUUGUGCGUAUUCAGCACGCGUGUUGUUUUUCACUAAGCGUUUGGGAAUUAGUCAAUUCUGAAAGUAUGUUUCCAUUAACCUUUCACCAAAGAUACACUGCCUUAAAUAUGAUGGUAGUGGGUCUUUUCGAAAAAUAGCAGUAUUAUGCAGAUUAAUACACGCUUCCCUUUUAUAACGAACAGCUCUUUUACGAGGAUCCUGACUUGUGAGCAGAUGCAGUUUUUGUAGUGCCCAAAAAUGAACAUAACAAGCUGUGAGCUCUCACUCAGGAGAAACGCCCUGUGAACAGAUACAGCAGUUCAGUGUGCUCUCUGGAGACGUGGAAGAGAACCGCCCCCCCCCCCGCUCCAAGAGGGGCGUGGCUUCCUCUGUUUCUGCCAAAUUGUCAGCAUCUGGGAAAUCUUGUGACUCCUUAUCUAUGUUAACAAUGAGCCAAACAUAGUUUUAAAGGAAGAUAAAAGUUGAAAAGGCAAAGGGAUAAAAUACACAAAAUUCUCUUGAAGGGCAACGUCAUUACGAAUGUCAGUGAUUUAUCGUUAUCACAAAUGGUACGUUAAUAAUUGCUCAGUAGAGAGGAUUAUGUGCGUUACUAGUAGUUACUAGUAAUUACAGUAGUUAUGGGAAUUUCCUGGUCACGCACUAUAACAAUAAUAAUACUACUACAGUGAAACGCCAACAUUCAGAUAUAAUGCGAUUGGAUCCCGUCUUCCGCCUGAAAAGGGUUGUUUUAGCAUUGUUAUCCUAUCACUUUUAAUAGUACUUCUAUUUGUCACGUGAAUCUUUUAUCUGUAAAAACUGAUCUAUUUCCUGCACGUCUAAUAAUUGAAAGUAUAUGAUUUUUUUUCCUCACACAGUAACAAAGACUGACUAAAAAAUACUGUUUGUCAUAUACCAUGCAGUAAACCGACCCCACUUUAUUUUUUUACAAGUUAUUUUUUGGAUGCCACUUGCCACUUUAUGGCAGAGUUUCAUGAUUAUUAUUGUUAUUAGUAGUAGUAUUAGUAGUAAUAAUAAUAUUUAAUACAGAUUAUUUAAAGGCAGCUUUUAAAUGUGCAUCACAAUAAAAACAUGAGUGUCAGCUCUAAAGAAAAUUGUAGCAAAUCCCAGCAUUUAGAAACUGUAACACCAGAAUCCAUUCAAGCACAGUGCAGGAGGUGGCAUACACCCUUGUAGACAGGACAGCCCUCUGUUGCAGACACACACUCAUCCGUUUCAUUCAUUCACAACACUUUAAAGUCACCAAUAACACGUGAACUCCACGCAGGAUCGAACCCACGUCUGAAGAAUAGAGGAGCACUCAGGUACCCGCUGUACCACCAUGCUGCCCGAGAACAGUACAAAAAUCAGAGUUUUUGUUAUACAAGGGAAGCCUGCGCACGCAUUUGACGAGGCUUUUGUGCGAAUUGUAUAACCUGCUGUCUGUAUGUAUUUUAUUUAUUGCGAUUUGAUGGUGUACGCACCACUGAUUUCAAUUACUUUUUUCUGUGAAAGCACUCAGGUUACAAAACCCCUCGCGGACACUGUUUGUUGAUGUUGCCACAGUACACAGAAAAUCACGAUGGUUUUUACCAUGCAUAUGCACACAGGAUUAUGCAUAUAUAUGCAUUUAAAAAAAAAAUACUUGAGAAUGCUAAACACAUCAUGCAAUACCUCAGAAAAGUCUCUUGUUGCUGCCAGCAGUUAAUUGUUUUUUACGUUAAUAAGUCGCCAGUUACUUUUCUGAUGGAGACCUCUGACUUUACCAAGAUUUUUCUUCUUCUUCCAUCAUACAGGACAAAUGAUUGACAAGUUAAUUUCCUAAUUGCAGCGCUUGCUAUCGAAUGUACAGUACAAAGGACAACACUGCCCUCUACAGGUUAUACGAGCAAUUGCAAUAAGACCAAACUGACGCCUCCCGCCCACAAACUACUCAUGCAUCUGCAUAUAGGAAUUAUUAGCAAUGAUGUUUUUCAGACAUUUUUCUUUAUUCGUCAUUUUCACUAUAUAUCAUUUCACUGUUGCUUCUUAAGUCUGCCGAAUGAUUUUUGCCAUGUAGCUGCGUAGAGGAGGACAGCAUUGUCGCAUCAAUUACGAUUUGCCUGAAUAAUAAUAGAACUUACUG